AUGGUAAAUAACACUGAAUAUUACAAGAUACUAGGAGUCUCUAAGGAUGCUUCAGAAGCCGAGAUAAAAAAGGCCUACAGAAAAGAGUCGUUAAAAUGGCAUCCUGAUAAGAACCCGGGAGACAAGCGUGCGGCUGCUGAAGAGAAGUUUAAGAAAAUUGGUGAAGCUUAUGAAGUUCUAUCGGAUCCUAACAAGAAAGAGAUAUACGACCAGUUAGGUGAAGAAGGCCUCAAAGGAGGUGCUGGACCAGGAGGAGGAGGAGGUUUCGGCGGUGGUUUCCCUGGUGGAGGAGGUGGUGGAUUCUCAUUCCACGCUACGGAUCCUAACGAUAUUUUCAAUGCAUUCUUCUCUUCAUCAGGCGGCGGAGGGGGUAUGGAAGACCUAUUCGGCGGCAUGGGCGGCGGUGGCGGUAGGGGAGGUCCAAGGAUGAGAUCAUCUCGUAUGGGAGGUGGAAUGGGUGGAAUGGGUGGUAUGGGUGGUAUGGGUGGUAUGCCAGGUGGAUUCGGAGGAGAACCACAUUCAUCAAAACCUCCACCACCCCCUGGAGAAAUCACCAAGCCACUUGCUCUAACUCUCGAAGAACUGUAUAAGGGAGGAACGAAACGGUUGAAAAUCACUAGACAUCUCCAGACAGGUGGUCAAGAGGAGAAGAUAUUGGAGGUUGCGUACAAAGCGGGUUGGAAGAAGGGUACGAAGAUUAAAUUUGCUGGGGCGGGUAAUGAGGAUGAAUAUGGACAAUCACAAACUGUUUCUUUCAUCGUUGAAGAGAAACCCCAUAAUCGAUUUGAGAGAGUAGACGACGACCUGAUAAUCAAAUUGAACAUUACCUUAUCUCAAGCCUUGUUAGGUCCAGAAGGUGGUGGAGCUAUAACGAAAGAAGUUGAACAAUUGGAUGGUAGACGUAUAACCGUAUCUACUCCUGAAGGUCAAAUCGUUCAACCAGGUCAAGAAACUCGAAUUCCAGGUGAAGGUAUGCCAGUAUCUAAAGUCGGUUCAGCCAAGAAGAAAGGUGAUUUGAUAGUCCGAUGGAAUGUGGUUUUCCCAACUAGGAUAACACCUGAACAGAAAAAGGAAUUGAGAAAGGUCCUUAAUUAG